UGGUGCUAUAUUUCUAGCAUCACUAUGCAGUAUUCACUAAUGGUGUUCUGAUGGCUCUCUCCUCCCUCCUUCCACGGUUCACACUUUUCCCUCUCUCUCCCUCUCCCAAACACCCAACAGUCCCAAAUUAUCCUCGCUCAUGCCACUUCUCUCUUGGCUUAAAUGGGAACUCCCAAUUCAAGAAAAACAGCUCCCAAUUCAUUAGUGGUGUUCGAGCUUUUAAUGGGUGGAAAGAAUAUGAGGAAGCAGUGAAAGAGAAGGACCUUGCUAGAGCACUCAAGUUCUUGAAAUCUAUUGAUGGUAUUCAUAUUCAACCCGAUGAGGAAACCGGGUCACCGAUUCGGACUCGUCCUGAAUUGGGUCUUCCUCUAUUGGAGAGAGAUUGGGAGGUCUUGGAUACUUGCUUAAAUGCGGAUGAUAUGAGGCUUGUAAGUAGUGCUUAUGUGUUUCUCAAGGACAGAGGUGUUUUACCUAAUUUUGGGAAAUGUAGAAAUCUUGUUCUGGAAGGACCACGAAAUGUCACACCAACAAUUCUAAAGUCUUCAACUGGGUUAGAAGUGUCCAAACUCUCUCCAAAAAAGUGGGGCAUCAGUGGAGCUUCUAGUGCUGUUUUAUUUAUCUUUCUUGGUGGCGUGUCUUAUCUGCUCUCUCAAGGAAUAGAUUUGAGGCCCAAUUUAGCCACUAUUUUGGGAUUAGCUUUAGUAGACUCUGUUUUUCUUGGUGGUUCAUGUCUUGCUCAGAUUUCUAGUUAUUGGCCUCCAUAUAAGCGUCGCAUCCUUGUUCAUGAAGCAGGGCAUCUUUUGACCGCAUAUCUUAUGGGCUGCCCCAUUCGCGGAGUCAUUUUAGACCCAAUUGUGGCGAUGCAGAUGGGAAUUCAAGGGCAGGCAGGGACCCAAUUCUGGGAUGAGAAUUUGGAGAAGGAGCUUGCUGGAGGACGACUUAGCAGUACAGCUUUUGACAGGUACUGCAUCGUGUUAUUCGCUGGUAUUGCAGCUGAAGCUCUUGUCUAUGGAGAAGCUGAGGGUGGAGAAAAUGAUGAGAAUCUGUUUAGGGGUAUCUGUGUACUUCUGCAACCUCCAUUAAAUGUUCCACAGAUGUCAAAUCAAGCAAGAUGGGCAGUUUUGCAGUCUUAUAAUUUGCUUAAAUGGCAUGAGCAAGCUCAUAAGGCAGCUGUUAAGGCUCUUGAGAGUGGCAGCAGUCUUAGCAGUGUCAUAAGAAGCAUUGAGGAUGCCCUUUCUACGGAGAGAUGAUUGUUGUUUUAAAAGUUCUCAUCCUUUCCUGACAUGUGUGUUUCGGUAGCUCAUCUCAACUGUCAUUACAACUUUUUUCACCGGCCCAUAGAGAUGCUUCCUUCAGCCUUUUUCUUUGAAGAGCAUACAGUUUAGAAGACGACGUGCAUUAAAUGGGCAUUGCCAUAAGCCAGUAAUCAUCAUCUUAUAUCAUCUAAUAUAUUGAAGAUCAUUGCAAUUUUCUUCUGGGGUCAACCGAAAUCAUGCUUUCGGCUUGGCAGCAUUUGAGCUUUAUUCAUCAUAACACAUCUGGCAACUGGCUGUCUCUCAGCUUUGAUGGUGGCUCUUACUAUCUCAUGUUUUUGCUUGAUCUAUGGGGUCGAGCAUCUGAGACAAAUUCUUCUAUACAUGCCUGAAAUAAUGUGUAUAGUCUUGUAAAUUCGUAUUCCUGUAUAGAUAAACCUCGGAGAUUUCAAAUGUGGUUUGCGUGGCCUUCCUUUGUUUGUGUCAUUACACGGUUAAAUACUUGGCGUCUUAAAGCUUUACAACUUGAGUUCCAACUCUAUGGUAUUCACCAACAUACUCAUUAUUUGUAAGCAGAAAAGGGUUUAUGGUCUUCUGUAAGUUGAAUAGUAAUUUGAUUUUGGGAAAGGAAAGCUUUGUCUUUUGCAAA